AUGGGGCUUCUACAGUUCUUGAAGGGACAGCUCCGUGGAACGAAAUUACUAUUUAAUUUCCUCUUCCACGGCUUUCACAUUGGUCUAUUUGCUUUGGGGUGGUGGAAGCAAGCUAGUGACCCCAGACUAGCCGGUUUGAAUACCCUCACAUUCUCAGUAUGGAUAUCAAGAGGUGCCGGUCUAGCGUUAUCCGUUGAUAUUGCAAUGAUCUUAUUACCUAUGUGUCGCAAUAUCUUGAGAUAUGUUAGACCAAAGAUCAAGUUCCUACCACUGGAUGAAUCUCAAUGGUUUCAUCGACAGGUAGCAUACUCAUUGUUAUUCUGGACAAUAUUUCACGUAGCUGCUCACUAUGUCAAUUUCUUCAAUGUUGAAAAGACUCAGAUUAGACCUGUGAGCGCAAUCCAGAUUCACUAUACUGAAGCUGGUGGUAUCACUGGUCAUAUUAUGCUGCUAUGCAUGAUGUUGAUGUAUACGACUGCUCAUGCCAAGAUUAGACAACAAUCUUUCGAGACAUUUUGGUACACGCAUCAUUUGUUCAUUCCAUUUUUACUUGCAAUGUAUACUCAUGCUACUGGAUGCUUCGUCCGUGAUACCGCAGAACCCUUCUCCCCAUUUGAUGGCAAGAACUUCUGGGGACAUUGCUUAGGAUAUGAAGGAUGGCGUUGGGAACUUUGGGGUGGCGGGCUCUACUUUAUUGAGCGUGUGUAUCGUGAAAUCCGAAGCAGAAGAGAAACUCAAAUUGUUCGAGUCGUCCGUCAUCCAUAUGAUGCCAUGGAAAUUCAAUUCCGAAAGCCAUCGAUGAAGUACAAGGCAGGCCAAUGGCUUUUCAUCAAUGUUCCAUCCGUUUCCCGCGAACAAUGGCAUCCAUUUACCAUCACAUCAUGCCCAUUUGACCCCUACAUCUCAAUCCAUAUCCGGCAAGUCGGUGACUUUACCCGUACUCUCGGAGACGCCCUCGGAGCCGGAGCCGCUCAAGCCAAACUCUACGACGGUGUAGACCCGAACGGGAUGUACGAAGUGGCACUCGAAAACGGCCAAAAAAUGCCCGACAUUCGCAUCGACGGCCCCUACGGUGCACCCGCCGAAGACGUCUUUGAAAACGAAGUUGCGGUCCUUAUCGGUACUGGUAUCGGUGUAACACCAUGGGCAUCCAUCCUUAAAAACAUCUGGCAUCUUCGCCAUGGAACCAAUCCUCCAGAACGUCUUCGUCGCGUGGAAUUCAUCUGGGUCUGUAAAGACACGACUUCUUUCGAAUGGUUCCAAGUACUCCUCUCAUCCCUCGAAGCGCAAUCCCAAGAGGCGGCUGCACAACAGGGUGGUGAUAGUCAAGAGUUCUUACGGAUUCACACUUACCUAACUCAAAAAUUAGACAUCGACACGGCGCAAAAUAUCGUUUUGAACAGUGUAGGAGCCGAUGUCGAUCCCUUGACUGAACUUAAAUCCCGAACCAAUUUUGGAAGACCAGAUUUCUUAAAAUUGUUUGAAGGCAUGAGAGAUGGAAUAAUGGAUAAGACUUAUCUAUCAGGUUUGGAGGGACCAAACGUAGCAGCGCGCUCCAUUAAAAAAGCAUGCAAGCAAGCCACGACUCGCGAUGUCAAUUUCUCGUUUUGGAAAGAACAUUUUUAG